AUGGAUGAGUCUGAGCGUACAGUCAUUAUUGUCGGCGGAAGCGUCGCUGGCCUUUCUCUUGCUAACAUGCUAGAGAAGGUUGGCGGCAUACGUUACAUCGUCCUAGAAGCAUAUGACGAAAUUGCACCCCAAGUUGGUGCAAGUAUUGGUCUACACCCCAGCGGACUGAGAAUUCUUGAUCAACUUGGAUGUGCUGAGGGACUCCUGUCACUUAUCGAUAUGCCACUGAACGAGUCCAACAUUCGAAGAUCAGAUGGCUCUGUAAUAAGGUGUUACCAGAACAUCCAUAAUCUUCUCACUGAAAAACACGGAUACCCUACCAUUUUUAUUGACAGACAGAUGCUGUUGAAAGCCUUGUAUAACAACCUCAAGUCCAAAGAUUCUAUACUUUCGGGGCAAAGGGUUGAAUCCGUUACAGAGCUGGAUAACGGUGUCCAAGUCAAGACAAGCAAGGGUGAUGUCUUUAAAGGGGAUAUUGUUGUCGGCGCCGAUGGAGUCUACAGUACUGUACGCAGAGAGAUGUGGCGCAUUGGAAACAAGACAUCCCCUGGGUACUUCCCCACCGAUGGAUGGUCAAAGGUACCAUGUUAUUACAAGUGCAUCUUCGGCAUCUCAAGUCCGAUUGAGGCGCUUUCGAGCGGUGCGCAGUAUGUUUACAACGAUAACUUCUCCUAUCUGGUUAUCACUGGACCUGGAGGACGGAUCUACUGGUUUCUCUUUAGUAGACUCCCUACUCCUCUCUUCGGUAAUAAUAUUCCGAGAUACACUAAACAAGACGAGGAAAGACUUGCACAAGAGCAUGCGACAGACAAAGUCACGCCGGAUGUCUACUUCGGUCAACUCUAUAAAGCUAAGAUAAGCUCCACAUUAACUCCACUCCAUGAGCACGUAUUCGAGAAGUGGCACUUCAACCGCAUUAUUACAAUCGGCGACGCCGCCCAUAAGCUAGAGCCAUUAACUGGACAUGGAGGUAACUCUGCAUUGGAGACUGCUGCCAGUUUAGUGAACCAUUUGCUUUCAGACACGAGCCCGGAAUGGACCAAUGCAGAGAUCACUGCCGCCUUCAAUUCUGUGCAAAAUGAGCGCUUUGAACGCGUCAAGUGGCUUCUCCAAGACUCCCAUGACACCCAGAAGAUGCACGCUUUAGCAACACCGUUCAAAGCUAUAGUCGCCCCUCUUUUGCCAUAUCUCAUCGACACUGAGGCGUCGCUUCAGUUAGCCGCCAGCAAGCUAGUCAAUGCCAGUCGACUAAACCGUAUUCCGAUACCUCAGCGAGAUCACACGAUUCCAUACAACGAUGAACUUCCCGCUCAGCCAUUAGCUUCGAAUUGGCCUUCUGUUGGCCUGGGAGUUCUGAGCCAAGGAGUGCUUUAUCGGCUAGCUUCUCAGAUUUUAACCCCUCUGCAAAUCCCAACCACUUUUGGUAGCGAUACUUUGGUCAACGACUAUACAGGCGUCAAAAGUGUGGAUGACGUUCUUUCUAUGUUGGUGGCUGCAUUUGGAGUUCCCCUUACAGCACUUGGUAAGGCGCCGCAAAUCCAAUGGAUUUCCUUCACACCUCUGCUGUUAUCAACCACUCUUGACUGGACUAUUGAAAGUUAUCGAGUUGGCUCUAAAGGAUUCCUCACUUCCUUCCCAUCUGUCUUUGGGGCCGUAUAUCAAAUCAAGGGAGUUGGUCAGAUUGCCCCGCUCUACCAUUUGAUAUCCGUGCUUGAACAAGGUUUCUAUGGAUCCGUAGGAACAACUUCCAGGCACUCAAUCACCAAGGGAGCUGCCAAGGCACUGAUCCCUGGCAUUGGUCUUGGAUUUAUCCUGCCCACCGUGCUUAUGUUAUGGCCCUUCCAGAACAAGAAUACCUGGCAGAAGUUCGUGGGCUUCUGGCAACCAUUUCCUGUUUAUGUCAGUCUUAUUACUGCCGGAUUAUCGAGUCUUCUCCACAGCCGGAAAAUCACCAACACAUCCAUCCAAACCGAGCAGAAAUGCAACAAAGCGAACAAGGAGCUGAGAAAGGAAAAGGAGGCAACACACUCAGUUUUGAGACUAGUCUACGCCGCCGGAGCAACAACUGCAGCACUUGUUCACUUUUGGUCACUCUAUCGUAUCUCAUCGAGUCCCGAUCUUGACUUUUCUGGCGUAUUUGGGAAACUUGGCUUUUUGGUCUCUGACACAUGUGGUCCUCGGCCAGAAGAUGGUAUUUUCGCAUUCUUUAAGCGAGAUAUGUUCUUAAACGCCGCUUCUGUCCUCGCCAACAGCCUUUACCGGACUUUCGAUCUACGCCGUCUAGGCUAUAUCACCACCAAGGAAGCAGUAUCAGCUUCUUUAGUAGUAAUAGCUACGCAACCAGUUUUUGGUCCAGCCGCCGUGCAUAUCGGCUUUCUUGGGUGGAGGGAGGAAGCCUUGAUGAGAAUGAACCGACGAAUCACUACUAUAAACUGA